UUCCUUUUCUAUUUCGCACACAGAGCGCCAUGUUGAAUCAACGCAAACUACAGGCCUACUUGCUGCUCUGCAUAGUGGCUAGCAACUGCCUGCUGCUCACCUUCGCCUUUCCCCAGCAGGAGCUCUACCAGCGACAGCUGGCCCAGUCCCAGUCCCAGUCCCAAUCGMGGUCGCCAGUCUAUCGGCCCGAGAGCAGCGGACGCAAGUAUGCCGUGAAGCCGAACGCCUCCAAGAAGGUGGCGCUGGAUGACAUCGAGGAUGAUAUCGAGGGCAAUCAGAUACAGGAAACCGUGAGCGGACCCGGUGGCUUCACCUGGUCCAACAUGCUGUCCACCGUGAUGACCAUGUUCUUCAAUGGAGCCGCCAAUUCGCCGACCAAGUCCGACGAUGUAGACAACUCAGUUGGCUUGGGCGGCAGCCCCUGGGCCAAUGUCAUCUCCAUGGGUCUGCGCAUCAUUAACACGCUCUUGGGCGGCGGCGCGCCCAGCGACGGCAUCGACAAGGUCGAUAACGGCGGUUCUCCCAUGCAGGGCAUCUUGGCGGCUGUGCUGUCGUCCGUGUUGGGCACCAGAGAUCCAGAUCAAGUCAACUCGAUGGCCAAGCAAGCUGGCGAGUUCAUACAGAUCGUUAUGAAUCUGCUGGACGCACUGAAGACCUCUUUCUCGCACCGCUCGCUCACCGCCCGCUCCCUGGGCAAACGUGACUCGGUGAGCGAUGCAGCCGUCGCUGGCAUUGCGCUCCUCAAGGGCUACGUUCGCACCUACCGCAACGCGGACGACAAGUGCAUGCAGCGCUACAUGUGCGAUGCCAAUACGGACUGCGUGCGUGAAAUCGGAGGCAGCAGCAUCUUCUGCCAACUGGGAUCCUAUGCCACCAGCUACAUGCUUGGUCGCAGCAGCAACACCAGCUUCGAGCACCUGUAUGAUGCUGGACGCAGAGGGCGUUCCGGCUUCGAUUGUCGCCAGCUGUAUCUGGAGUGCAAUGAGGUCUAAGGCGUGGCGAGUGCUGCGAAUUGAUGGCACAGUGACUGGACGACUUAAAGUAAAUUAAACUUAUUAAAUUAAAUUAAUUUAUGUGCUUACUUGAAACUAGGUCUUAGCUAUUUAUAUUAUUUAUUUAAAUUCUGUAUUUA